GUGUAAUAAUGCAAUUUACAUAAACAAACAAAUUGAAAAAAAAAAAACAUAAAAUACCAAAAAUGAAUGACAGGUCUGUUUAACCUGCCAUUCAAAUCACGUUUCCCGGUUCACUAAUGCUUCCUUCCUCGGCUACCUGUCCUACAUCCAUCUCUAUCUCUCUCUCUCUUCUUUCUCUCUCUCUCUCUAUUCUUCUCAUGGAUCCAAUUCAAUUGUGACAAUAAAAAACCAUCCUCAUUUGCAAAAGGUAUUCGAAAAAUGGCUAGGAUUGUAGGAAAGUAUUGUCUCGGCAGGAUGAUCGGCGAAGGUGCAUUUGCCAAGGUCAAGCUCGCCGUCGAUGUGCACACGAACCGGCAAGUAGCUGUGAAAAUCAUCGAUAAGCAGACGGUGAUCAAGAACAAGAUUAUGUAUCAGAUCAAGAGAGAAAUCAGUACAAUGAAGUUGUUGAAUCAUCCACACAUUGUGAGGAUAUAUGAGGUGAUUGCAACGAAGACGAAGAUUUACCUGAUAAUGGAGUAUGCUUCAGGAGGGCAGCUCACCGACAGAAUGUGCAAAGGAUUGACAGAAAGAGAAGCGAGGAGAUAUUUCCAGCAGUUGAUUGAUGCUGUGGAUUACUGUCACAGCAGAGGAGUUUAUCACAGAGAUCUCAAGCCGGAAAACCUGCUGUUGGACAGUGAAGGGAACCUGAAGGUGUCUGAUUUCGGACUCAGCACGUUGAAAAAGCCAGGAGCAUUGUUGUCGACUGCCUGUGGAUCUCCAAGUUAUGUAGCUCCUGAGGUGAUAACGAAGAAAAACUACAAGGGAGCAGCUGCAGAUGUGUGGUCUUGUGGAGUUGUUCUGUUUGAAUUGCUCGCUGGUCACCUGCCUUUCGAAGAUGGAAGCCUCACAAACUUGUAUCGUAAGAUCACAAGAGCAGAAUACACAUGUCCGAGUUGGUUCACCGCAAAUCAGAGAAAACUGAUUGCUCGGAUACUGAAUCCAUCUCCAAGACGAGUAAUUUGCGAAGAGCUCAAACAUAUAUUUGCUAAUGAGAGAACACAGAGCUUCUUGUUAUAUCUGAUAAACAAGAAUAUUUGUCUGUUGCAGAGGGCGACGAUCACAGAGAUUAUUGGACAUGAGUGGUUUCAAGUUGAUUAUGAGCUAUCUGCAGAAAUUGAAGAAGAACAGGAAAGCAUGAAAGUGGAAAAUCUAAGUAGAACAUUCGACAGCAAGGUGAAGAAGAAGAUCAAUAAUGCAACAAAAGGGAAGACAUCGAAGUUUAUCAAUGCAUUCCAACUAAUAUCGAUGUCAAACGGCCUCAAUUUGUCAGGCUUGUUUCAUGAACAGCAGACAACAAAGAUUGGUUCACAGUAUCCAAUUGAUGAAACAAUCGAAAAAAUUGAAUCUACUGCUAGAGCUGUAAACCUGAUUGUCAACAGGAUGGACUGUUUCCAGGUGAACCUUCAUGAAAUUAAAAGCUUGUCAAGAUAUGGAUCACAUGUUAUAGAAGCAAAGGUCAUUCAGUUAGCACCAACUGCUUGCAUGGUCGAAAUUUCAAAAUCUUCAGGGACUCCAAGAAUAUUUGAAGAGUUCUGUAGAAGAUUAUCGAAUUUGCUGAAGAACACUGGAAGCCAACAUUCGACAGAUAAGAUUGCAAAAAGGCCAAGAAGUAGAUAGCAAAGAGUGACUUGUUUAAGUGCACACUGAUAUUUGGAUUGCCGAAUAAAACAAGAGCCCGUCUAACAGUUCCUAUUCAACCAUUAUUUACCAAGGAAGAAAGCAACAGAAAAAUAAGAAAGAGUAUGAGGAUCUUCUCUCAAUCCUCACAUUUCAUAUCUACUAACCAAAUUUGGGACAAAGAAACAUGUUCUUUCGAGCAAUCUUGUAGAUUCCACACAUGAUUGGUUGUGUGAUUAUGAAACUAUGUAUUCAUUCAUAUUCAUUUCUGCAAUUGAUAUGCACAAGAUACAAAAAUUUGAGAUGAUUCA